AUGUCGAUGCCGACCGAUCUUUCUCUUGGAGAAAUUCUCCACAUUUCGCUCGGCGAAAACGUAAAGUGCUUCGGGCUUACCAAAAUCUCUGGAGAUACCAAGCCAUGCAAUCACCCGCUUGGCAAGGGGAGGUUGACCGAAGCACGUAUCAUUCUUGGACAGACUCUGGGUCACAUUGAGCGGGCCGGGCAAACGAUCGACCAAAAUCUUAUCAAUCUAUCCAAUCUACUUGUUCAUUCAUUGACCCACGGCUUACCAGGCGAGACUCGUCGAGAAAGCUUGAGAUCUGGAUGGCAGGAAAUCAUACAGGACUUCCGACGAGCGCAGAAUCAUUUAGAGCCUGAGAUUGAAAUUUCGUCUCAGUCUGAGGAUGAUGAACUGGACGACACGGCGGAGGAUGAAGAUCUGCAAGAAGGGCCCGGCCCCGUUUUGGCCAUUGAGAGCGACACCGCAACCUCAAUUGUAGCUACCCGGUCAACAAACACCGAGCUCGACACUACGCCUGAUUCUACCCCUUUGCCGGACCUGCCUGCUCAAGUUACAGAAAGUCAAGUGCAGAUCAGCCAACACCGUACAUCCAAUGUUUUGCGUCCCGUCCCUGAGUCAUUUGGCGAUCGUACAUCUCUCACUCCGGCCUGCGUUUCCGUUACUCGCAGAUCCACUUCUUCCAAUGACGUAUCGGUAUCUCCUGAAUAUGUCUGGUUUCUCCUCCUACAAUUUUGCUUUGGGUUCCGGGCGCUGAUGCUCCUGAAAUUCAAUACUGUUUGUUCUAUUGACGGCUUUGGUCGCUUCUGGAAGAUGUCUUUUGCGGACUUGCAAUUCCCUUUCCGGACGAGGUUCUUUUCAAAUAACUUGACCCAAGCACUGGUUUUUAUGAUUCCAUUCUGCUAUGGUCUGUAUGGCCUGCUUCAAGUUUUGUUGAGAAGCUAUGUGUUGAUGGUUUUGUGA